GCCAUUUAUGUGAAGGCCCAAACCAAGAACGAAGCAGGCCUCCCAUGGCGGCCAUGUUUCCAUUUUUCUCUGUGUUUUCAACUCUCUCUUUCGCUCUAUACGAAAACCUUUUGAAGCGGUUUCCUCCUCUAACCAAACACAAAUCCACUGAGCUUCUCUUCUUCCAAGUUCCAACCCACACAAAUGCUACCGACUCUUCCUUUUUCCUUCUUCAUUCUAUAACUAUAACCCAAUUCAUCAAUUCCAAUAAAUAUUUUAUCAUUUUUGAGUCUGACCCUUCUCACUCCAUCUUCUUCUUAACUCUUCUUUUUUCCUUUCUUUUAUCUUCCUCCAUUAUUGCUCUCUCCUCUUCCUCCUCAAAAUUCCCCCUCCUCUUCCUUUUCUUAUUGUUUUUUUCUUUCUUUCUGGGGUUGCUUUAUUUUUCCAGAAUCUUGCCUUCGAUCAUCGGUUGGUUGAUAAUCUACUUGGUUGGUUCAUGGUUGUGUAAUUCUUAGAUAUAUAUGGACUGAGCUAAACCUUUCAUGGGAGGUGUGGAGGAUGAAGAACCAGCCUUGAAACGCAUGAAAGUAGCCUCUACAGAGUUAAGGGGUCUUUCCAACGGUUCAUCCAUUUUAGAGCGUGUAGGGGGUUCUUCUAGGGAAUUGAUGGCCAGACCCCUACCGUCUGAAGGAGAUAAUCGCAAGGUUAUUGGUUCGAGAGGAGUUAUUAGAAAAGAUGAGUUUGUGAGAAUAAUUGCUAAUGCAUUAUAUUCCCUUGGUUACAAGAAGAGCAGCGCUCUCCUUGAGGAAGAGUCCGGAAUACCCCUGCAUUCUUCUACUGUAAAUAUAUUUAUGCAACACAUUCUUGAUGGAAAUUGGGAUGAAAGCAUUAAUACAUUACGUAAAAUUGGUCUAUCAAAUGAAAGCAUGGUUAAAUCUGCCUCCAUUUUGAUACUAGAGCAGAAAUAUUUGGAGCUUUUACAAGCUGAUAGGGUCAUGGAAGCUUUGAAGACAUUGAGGACUGAGAUAGCUCCCCUUUCUAUUAACAACAAUAGAAUACACGAACUUUCAUCCUUCAUCAUGUCUCCUUCACUGGGUGGUUUAAUUGGUUCACCUGGUGAAGAGCAUUUGAGAGCUAAGUCUCGGGCAAAAUUGCUGGAGGAAUUGCAGAAGCUUCUUCCACCGGCAAUUAUGAUUCCUGAAAAUAGGUUGGAACAUUUAGUCGAACAGGCUCUUUUGUUGCAACGAGACUCUUGUGUUUAUCACAAUGCUUCAGAUCAAGAAAUGUCAUUGUAUACAGAUCAUACUUGUGGGAAAAAUAAGAUACCUUCUCAAACUUUGCAGGUGUUACAAGCACAUAGUGAUGAAAUUUGGUUCUUGCAAUUUUCUCAUAAUGGGAAGUACUUAGCUUCAUCAUCUAGUGAUCUAUCUGCAAUCAUAUGGGAGGUAAACUCCAAUGGUAAGGUCUCUCUAAAGCAUAAACUAUCUGGUCACGAAAAACCUGUCUCCUUGGUUUCAUGGAGUCCCGACGAUAGUCAGCUGCUAACCUGUGGGGUGGAGGAGGCUAUUAGGCUGUGGGAUGUUUCUUCCGGCAAGUGCCUCCAUGUUUAUGAAAAGGCUGGCGCUAGGUUGGUUUCUUGUGGAUGGUUUCCUGAUGGGAAGUCUAUACUAGCUGGUAUUAAUGACAAAAGUAUCUGCAUGUGGGCUUUAGAUGGCAAAGAGUUAGAUUCUUGGAAAGGGCAACGGAUUUUGAAGAUAUCAGAUUUAGAAAUAACAGAUGAUGGGAAGAAAAUUAUUACUAUAUGCAGAGAAAAUGCAAUUUUGCUUCUCGAUAGGGAGGCAAAAAUUGAUAAAUGGAUUGAAGAAGAUCAAAUAAUAACUUCUUUUAGGUUGUCCAAGGAUAAUAAGUUCUUGCUGGUUAAUCUUCUGAAUCAAGAAAUCCAUCUAUGGAGUUUAGUAGGUGAACCUAAUCUUGUAUCAAAGUAUAAAGGUCAUAGGCGCACACGGUUUGUUAUCCGGUCUUGUUUUGGAGGACUUGAGGAAGCUUUUAUUGCAAGUGGUAGUGAGGAUUCACAGGUAUAUAUAUGGCACAGAGGAUCCGGGGAGCUUAUAGAAUCGUUACCUGGUCACUCUGGUUCAGUUAAUUGUGUGAGCUGGAAUCCUACAAACCCGCACAUGCUGGCAUCGGCCAGUGAUGACCAUACGAUUAGAAUAUGGGGGUUAAAGGGACUAAACAUAAAACGGAAUAAUGCAUACAGUAAUGGUGUCCACUAUUGCAAUGGUGGAACUGGAACUUAAUGAGAGGACUCACUGCCAUUCCCCGGUUAUUAUUCUUUUCUUCCCUCUCUGACAGUUGCUCCUGUAAAUACUUACUACAGUCACUUUUCUAAGAUUCAUGUUAAAUCUGAAUCAAGAAGUUUAUUUCUUAAAUGAAUAAGUUAUUUCAAUGGUACUUGUCUCA